GGCCGACUCCACCGCCCCUGUAAGGAGGCGCGAUACCGCGCGCCCUCCGCUCCAGGAGUCGACCGACGCGAGCACUCCAUGUGCGGCAACCACCGCGAACCGCAUACCGCGACUCGCGUACCGCGACCCGCGUACCGUGACGCCGAGUUUAGCAGGUACAUUCCACCGUGGCACUCCGAUGCGAAACCGUCAGAUUUAAACGCCGCGACAACAUCAACAGACCGCGCCAAAAUGUCAAUACCGCGCCCGCUCACCGCUAACACCGCGAGCUGCACGGGCCGAGCGUCACAGCUGUUCCCGAUAAGUUCCGGGAAAACGAAUCAAACGAGCCGACGUCACCGCGUCAACACGGGAUUCCGUCACCAAUAUUCGCUCACUCACUCACUCGCUCGCUCACUCGCUCCUAUACCUACACUCGCACCUAUAAGAACGCCUGGACAUCCGGCGAGCUACACCAGGGCAGACACCGCUACUGAACACGGACAUCCCGUGUUACCGAAACGACCACCCCGCCGGCCGGGGCGGGACGAACGUCCACCAACCGACAGGGCCCGGGUCACACACUAAUUGUCAAUGUCACUGUCAGAUACAAAUAAAAUUACUUCUAUUCUACGGACAUACAACUGUCAGUGUCAUACAAGUGUUGCCAGAAAAAGAAAUAAAUUUUCCCAUUUAAUAAAUCCGUUCCACUACACAUAAAUGGA